AUGGAAUAUGAAGCCAAGAAAGGGAAGAAGGGCUUUGUGUCCCCCAUCCGAAGGCUGGUGUUCCCCAAGGCUGCACGCCAGGCUGCCUUCAAAAACAAUGUCAGUCGCAGGCCCCUGCACUCUAUGCCUCUGUAUCCCCCUGACUACCUCAUCGACCCCCACAUCCUGCUGUGUGACUACCUGGAGAAAGAGGUCAAGUUCCUGGGUCACCUCACCUGGGUGACUUCCUCACUGAACCCCUCCAGCCGAGACGAGCUCCUGCAGCUGCUGGACACCGCCAGGCAGCUGAAGGAGUUGCCUCUGAAGACCACGCCGGAGCAGGACAGCAUCCUGAGCCUGUCCGCACGCUGCCUGCUGCUCACCUGGCGCGACAACGAGGAGCUCAUUCUGCGCAUCCCCACGCACGAGAUUGCUGCUGCCUCCUACCUGCAGGACGAUGCUCUGCAUCUGCUAGUGCUUAAGACUGGUCUGGGCGUGGACCCGGUGCCAGCGGGCAUGGACGGCAGCCCGGGAGGUUCGACCGGUCGGGAUUCCGGCCCUCCGGGCGCUGUGCCGGAGAAACGACGGGUGGGCACAGCCGAGCGACGCCACACCAUCUGCAGCCUGGACUGGCGCGUGGCGUGGGGCGGGGGCGCGGGGGCCGAGGCCCGAGCCGCAGGAGGCGGCGGCAGCCUGGAGCGGCAGCGCGCAGGAGCGAGGGCGUCCGGUAGCUGGGAGCGGCGACAGACGUUCAGCGGCAGCUGGGAGCGGCGGCACACGGGCGGCGGCGCGGGCAAGCCGGGUGGCAGCUGGGAGCGGCGGCAGGCGAGUGGCGGCGUCGGCGGCAGCUGGGAGCGACGCCACCCCGGACCCAACCCACUGGAUCCUCAGAAUCACAGCCCCGACGCCUACUGCAACCUGGUCAUCCUGGCUGUGGCAAACAGGGAUGCUGCUGAGGAGUCCUGCGCACUCAUCUGCCAAGUCUUCCAGAUCAUCUACGGGGACCAGAGCAUCGAGUGUGUAGACCGGGCUGGCUACCACUACAGAUCCACACCAAAGCGGCCGUGGCUCUCCAGCUGCAGUGAGAGCUGCCACACAGACGGGACAUUUGCCUACGAUGCCGACUUGAGCUGCUGCAGUUCCUUCAAUGGCUCCCAGGACACAUUUGAAGCGUGUUACAGUGGUGCAUCCACGCCGUCUUUCCACGGCUCCCGCUGCAGCAGUAUCGACCACAGCAGCUGGGCCUUCGAGCAGCUACAGGAAUACAUGGUCACGCUGCGGAGUAAGCUGGGCCCUCCUGAGAUACAGCAGUUUGCGUUGCUGCUACGAGACUAUCGCCUGGGGCUGCCUAUCCAGGACUACUGUGCAGGCCUCCAGAAACUCUAUGGGGACCGUCGGAAGUUCCUUCUCAUUGGGAUGCGGCCCUUCAUCCCAGAUCAGGACAUCGGCUACUUCGAGGGCUUCCUGGAGAGUAUGGGUAUCCGUGAGGGCGGAAUCCUCACCGACAGCUUCGGCCGCAUCAAGCGCAGCAUGAGCUCCACGUCUGCCUCUGCCGUGCGCAGUUACGAUGGGGCGGCCCAGAGGCCCGAGGUGCAGACCUUCCACCAGCUGCUGGCCGAUAUCACGCAUGACAUCGAGGCACUGGCCCCCGACGACGACGACGUCUACGAGGAUGUCUCCCCAAGCGGGGCCGACCAGGUUGAAGACAACUACCUGUAGCUCAGCGGCACAGUUGCCCAUAUGACACCAUCCCCAGGGUGCCUAGGCUCCUGGCCU